GGAGUGCACACCGGUGGUCGCAUUCGCAUCCGCAAAGUCCGCGCUUCGAAACCGCUAUCGUAAUCGCAAUCGCAAUCGCAAUCGCCAUCGCCACAGUAAUAGAACCAUGGAUAUCUCCGCCUACCAGCACAUGAACAUCCGGAUGAGCACGCGCGGCAAGCGUCCGCUGAGGAACCUCACGCCCAACGACAAGGUGCGCGCCAUCCAGCGCAUCCACAAUGGCGAAACCAAGGCCAGUGUGUCGCGGGACAUCGGCGUGCCGGAGUCCACGCUGCGUGGCUGGUGCAAGAACGAGCAGAAGCUGCGCUUCAUGUGCCGCCAGCUGGGCCCCGAUCACCUGGGACUCGAUACGCCACCGGAAAAGCGCGCCAAGUUCGAGCUGCAGCUCCAGCUGCCACCGAAGUUCGUGGCACUGCCUCCAAACUACGAGGAGCUGGGCUUCGGAGCACUGCCCUACAGUCCAGCCGAUUAUCCAGUGCAAAACGAGUCCCUGCUGGAGAAACUGAGCCUGGUGGAAUUUGUGAAAAAGAACGGCGGCUUGCAUCCGGAGGGUGCACUGCAUCCGGGUCAGGCAGGAGUGAUGGACUACUCCAACAACAUGCUGCACCAGCUGAAUCUUCUGGCCCUGCUCAACUCCAAGCUCGCACCCCAGACUGCCGAUGUCCUGGUGGAUGCACCAGCCAAAGCCGAGGACAACAAAGCGAUGGAUUCGCCCGCAGCCUCCGAGGAUUACAGCAAAAACAAUUACCCCUUGCUGAGUGUUAAGAACUGGGCCAAGGAUCCGGCCAAGCGGGUGACCACAUCCAAUCAGCCGGAGCAAGUGAACGAUAAGAACAACAAUGCCCUGGAGGCCAACAGUGCCGCACCACAAACUCUGGCCACGGAGCAGGCGAAGACUCCCAUGUUUCCGGACACCACAAUGCCCCUACUGCCAGCCCCCUUCCCGAAUCCAGCGGAUCUAGCGCCUGUGAUAGCACCAGUGACUCCGGCAAACGCCCCGCCCACUGCAACCGACAACCAGGGUGCGGCUCUGCUGGACUGGUGCAAGCUCUUCAAUGCCAGCUUGAACUUCCUGGCCUUCGCCGCGGCCGCAGCCUCCAUGCAGCCAGGCGGCGGCGGAGGAGGAGGAUCCGGUGCACCCGGCUACAAUCCCAACCAAAUGGCCAGCGGCGGAUCGGAGCCGGAUCUCGAGACAUAUCCCUUCAACGAGGCGCUGCUGAAACGCCUCAGUCCACUGGCCCACAGUGAGGCCUCCAACGAAAGCUACUGCGACAGCGAGCCGGAGGAUCUGUCCGUGCGCUCCUGCGCCUCCAAGGCGUCCAGCAGAUCCCACACUCCGGACAAGAGCGUCGGCUCCAGCGAUGCCGAACAGUAGACACCCUUACCCAUUAUGGCGUAGUCGUAGUUGUAGU